UCCAGUGUAUUGAGUGAUGGCCAGGUCCUUAGCUGCACUCUAUAUCUCAUCUCCGGCUCAAAGGAACGUAGCCGCUUCCCUGCGGUGUAUAACACUGCGUGUGGUUCAUUCAAUCUGGAGCGUCAGAUGGUGGGGCUGGCGACCGCGCAAGGUGAACCGCGUUUCUCUUUUGUCCGUCUUUUUACUGCACUGUCUGUCCUACCGACAAUAUCUACAGUAUAUGACCGGGAUUCUCUAUGUGUAAGUGAACACUGUUACAUGUCCAACAAGGGACAAUCAGCGGUUAUGAAAUCCGGGCGAGUGAGGAUGCACAGUGCUGCUGAGGAGGAUACUAGGACUGUGUUCAGCACCACCGAUUUUGGACAUAACUGAAAUUCUCAUAUUCGUAGCAUGCCUCCUAUGAGAGAGAUUUAAGCAGGGAAGAUAACGGCGGACUGCUUUGAAUUCUACAUUGUCCAUAGCCUUUCUGUGUGAAAAGUAAAGGGCGCGCGCUGUUUAGUUCAGUUGCAGACUGGGACCCGAACAACCCGACCGUGGAGGGAGGAGCGAUGAGAAGAACCCCAUCGGCUUAAAGAACACUGGCUUUCUUUGUUUCUCAGCAAAGGAGCCUUUCAGAAAUAGCCUGACACAGUUCAUUUCUUCAAGUGGCCACUGUGUUCAGGAUAGGAUACUAUUCUGCCUAGUGCCCACUGGCACUUUAUUCUGGACCAUAUUUGAAUGGAUUUUUUUUGUAGAAAAUUUUCAGAGGCUUUAAUUCUAGUUUAUGGUUUAUCCCUGGACUGCUCUGACGUAUAAUAACCAGAUAGUAGGCCAAAUUCUGCUAAUUAAGAGCUGACCGACUUUCAACAUUUUAAAUAGUUGGACCCGUAUGACUAAUUCAAAGUUCUCCACUAUUUUUUGAGACAUAAUAUAUAUUAUCAAAUUGUUUGGCCAAUCAUAAUUGUCUUCAUCUAUUAUUGCCUGAAACGCACGCCGCUGUAAAGUGUGGUCGCGUCAUUGGAACUGCCCGGGCGACCAGCGGAGAGAUUCGGGGAUUUGGGAGUUAUAGCGACCCACGUGGAGCGGAGAUCCAAAGUGGACAGUACACAAUGGGUUGUUGCAGUGGCCGAUGCACCCUGGCCUUUAUCUGUGGCAUGCAAUUGAUCAGCAUAUUGGAACGACAAAUAUUUGACUUCCUUGGGUACCAAUGGGCUCCUAUCCUCACAAACUUUGUGCACAUCAUCAUAGUCAUCUUGGGGCUCUUUGGGACUGUACAGUUCAGACCAAGAUACGUAACCGGGUAUGCAGUGUGGCUGGUGCUCUGGGUGACCUGGAAUGUCUUCAUCAUCUGUUUCUACCUGGAAGUGGGGGACCUCUCCAAGGACAGUGACCUGAUCAUGACCUUCAACAUGUCCAUGCACCGGUCCUGGUGGAUGGAGAACGGUCCAGGCUGCAGGGUGACCCCGGUCACCCCUCCUCCGUCCUGGGCCCCGGAGGACCACCGCUACAUCAGCAUCGCAGGUUGUCUGCUGGAGUACCAGUAUGUGGAGGUGGCCCACAGCUCCCUGCAGAUCCUCCUGGCUCUUGUUGGGUUCAUCUAUGCCUGUUAUGUGGUGAAGCUCAUCUCAGAAGAGGAAGACAGCUUUGAUUUUAUAGGAGGGUUCGACUCCUACGGUUAUCAAGGGCCUCAGAAGACAUCCCAUUUGCAACUACAACCCAUGUACAUGGCAAAGUAACAAAGGACAGCUGCCUUAUGUACCAAUCAAAUAGAGAGCUACCGUUUUAACUUUGUUUCAUUUCGUAAAUGUCUUAAAAUAAUACAGUGUCUUACAAACUGUGUGGAGGAAGUGAGACUCUACACUUUAACCUCAAAGACUAAAAACACAGGAUUUCCUUUGUCUCUCUGCUCAGCCUCUGCUCAGUGGAGUCACAGUCUUGGCCUGGACGAGGGGCCAGGCAGGUGCAAGAACACCCUCCUGUGGCUGUGUUGACCUUACAGGAUGCAUAUCUCUCCUCCAUACUGGUUCUUGCUCUCUUUCUGACAGCUGAAUGACUGAAAUAUUAAGGGAAAAAAUUGCUUUGAUUCCUCUGGACAGUUUUCAAAUGGAUCAAGAUUCCGGACAAAGGGAAUGCCAAGUUCUGAGAGCACUAGUUAAGUGAUGCCGCAGAGUUUCAAUGUGUUCUGAUUAACUUGAUUAGAAAUACUCUUCACUUAAUUAAACAAUGUUCAAUAACUGAUCGAUAUGGUUUUAGUCAUCAGAAGUAGUCCUAUUGCCCAUUCUAAAGAGUUGAUUAGAAAUAAAUGUACAUGUGAACCAUGAUGUGUUUACAAUACACUUUGGCUGUUGGAAUUCCAUCUUGAGUUGGGCAAUUGCAUGGGACAAAACUUUGAUGAAAUGGAAAAAGCAACCAGUUGCUUUUUCUUAUGAUGGAUGUAUUUGUCUUGAAAGUGCCAAGAACAAUAGUUAAAGAUGAGUUAGACAAAAUAUUGGAUGCUAUCUAGAGAUACAUAUUUUUGGAGCUAGUCUCGGGGUCAUCAGUUCAAAAGUUCAUUCGGGGAUAACACCAUAUUUGUUUGCAUGAGGUGUCAAAAUCUGUUGAAUAUUUAAUCUCUGAAAGCACUGGACAUUAUCCCAGACUAGGUAGAGGUAACAGUUGGCCUUUCUGCAGCUGUCUUUGCGCAGUAAGGUUAUGUGAAUUUUGUGCUUUUCUAAGACAGAGUGGAGUCUUGAGUCUAAAGAUAAAGAGAACUAAAUGUAACUUCUUUAAAUUCUAGGCAUUUUUUAACAUGUGUGACAGUGUUUACUCUUUUAUAGUUCACUAAUAAGUUAUUAUGUUGUGUAUAAGUGGGCCCUUCUUUUACUCCUAACUGUACAAAUUGUCAAGGGAAUUCUUGGGAACAAUUUCUUGCUGAUAGUCUGGUGUGAGGACUAGAAGGAGAUGUGUGGUAGAGUUUGUGCUGUGGCUGAAACUUUGUGCUUUUGUCUAUUGGACAGUGCGGGAACCCCGAACCAAUCAGGAUCUCAGUUCUGUCAUCAUCGUCAUAGCAUCCUCAUACUGUAACUCUUCUGCUGAAGGGAGCCCUGUGAGCAUUUUUUUGUAUAUCUCCCCGCUAUGCAUAAAUCCUUCAGCUUUGUAGACCAGAACUCCAUAUCAUAGGACCUCUCUAUGUUUUCUAUUUCAGUGGUGUGAAUCUGGUGGCUCCUUUGUAAAUUAAUGCGGUAAUACUAACAGGCCUUCCAAGAUCUAGAAUAUUCAAAUGGUACCUCGAGAUGCAUAAAAUGCUCUUCUAAACUCAGGCAAGUUUUCCUUGCAACAUUACUAUACACUUACUAAUCGUGUUUAAACAUCACCAUGGUAACAGCAUGUAGAACAUCUGAAGACAUAAAGGGUGCGUUCCGUAAAUUCGAUCUGGCUAUCUACCCUCCGAGGUCAGAGCACUCCCGUCUGAGUGUGGCAGAGCGCAGAAAAACUGAUGAAUUUACGAACACUCAGCACCAGUUGAAUAUGUCCGCUGUCAGUGAACUUUGGCAAAAAAAAACAUAAUUAAACUGUUGCCAGCAACACAAUUACAGUCACCAACGCUCUAGAUAACAUGAAAACAGCAUAACCAGCUCUGCUAGGGGGAGUAAAAUUGUCAGUGAGGUGUUAUCUUAUUUGUCUGGAAGUAGCAAGCUAGCCAACAUUAGCCAGUUAGCUUGGGUGAUUGACUGACGUUGUGAGGUCAGAACACUCGGAUCAACCCUACUCAUCGGCCAAAGCGUCCAGUGUGCGCUCUGAAAGCUCCAACAGCGUACCUCUCUGAAUUUACGAACGUACAAUCAAUCUGACAACGCCCUGAUCGCACUCUGAUUCCUAAGCAUUAUCCUCUUCAUAACAUUUGUGUCUGGGACAAUAUAUUGGUAUUCAACUGUGUAAAAGCUAUAUGAUCGCUAGUAUGCUUCCUUGCAUAGUAAAUCCAAGAUUACACCUCUUGAAGAGUCAGUUGUGUUUUAUCAGUGAGUUGUUCUAAUGUGAGUGGAUAGCAGAGGAGGCUGGUGGGAGGAGCCAUAGGAGGACGGGCUCAUUGUAAUUGCUGGAAUGGAAUGGUAUCAAACACAUCACACAUAUGGAAAUCAUCAGUUCCAUUAAGUCCAUUCCAUCCAAUGAGCCUGCCGUCCUAUAGCUCCUUCCACCAGCAUCCUCUGGAGGAUAGUGGAUGUAUACACCUGUUACUGUCACCCUGUGCCAGAUAACCCAGUCUGAAAUGUUGAAGACCAACAUAGUUACUUACUGCUGCAAUCUUACAUGACCCCUUCAUUCACAGAGAGAAUUCAAAGUUGUAAAUAUAGCAGAACAUUUUCAACCCAGAUAAAGUUUUUGACAAUAUGUUAUAUAAGAUCUGAAUUAAAAAGAAAAUAAUUUGAUUGUAUAUGGCAUUACAGUAUUCUAAGUUCCUAUACAUUCAAAGGGAGCUGUGUAUAAUACUGUUGCAGGUACUCAAUUGCUAAUUGUAGUACAUUCCUGAAUACUCCAUUGGUUGUUUUGUUUGGGUUCAGCGCUGACUUCUACUUCUCAAUAGAUUUAGCAAUUUUCUAUUUAUGUUACUUUUCAAAAUGACUGUAAAUAUAAUAAAAUCAAACUGUGGAAAAGGCCAA